CUGCUAAAAGCGGCUGGCCGUUUCACGGAAAUGAAUCUCAUCUCCAUCGAGGGGACCUGCUCUCGACGACUGCUAAACUGCUGUGCUGUUUCUUAUUCUUCAUCGCCGUCGGAGUUAAGUUGUUGACUCAGCCGGAACUUCGAGAAAGUACAAAUGGCGAAGAGGCGAGAUCGCCGACUCGUGCAGAGUUCAGAUCGCCGUGAACCCCGCGGCGACCCGUCCACUCAAGUGGACCAAUUCAGCGAGUCAGCAGCUUCAGAUCGCAAGCUCAUUGCCAUUUUCAUCCUCUUCUUCAUCGUAAUUCCCGCCGUCUCUGUGCUGGUAUACCGUAUCAAAUAUGCUCCGAAUACAUACGGAACGGAGUCACAUGCACGCCAAGAUGGGCGUGUUAAAACUGAUUUGAAGUACGAAGAAAUCCUCAGUGAGAAUUCAAAGGUUUCAAAGAAUGCAUCUCAUCGGCAGUAUACAUAUCCAGUAUUGGCCUACAUUACUCCCUGGAAUUCUAAAGGUUAUGAAAUGGCAAAAAGGUUCACCAACAAGUUUACUCAUUUAUCGCCUGUCUGGUAUGACCUGAGGAGCCAAGGUACCGAGUUAAUACUGGAAGGGAGACAUAAUGCUGAUAGAGGAUGGAUCUCAGAACUUAGAAUGAAAGGAGGUGCUCUGGUGUUACCUAGAGUUGUUCUGGAAGCAUUUCCAAGUGAGAUGCUUAGGAAGAAGAAACUAAGGGAUAAAGCUAUUGAGCUUGUAGUAUCAGAGUGCAAGGAAAUGGAAUAUGAUGGCAUCGUGCUUGAGUCUUGGUCAAGGUGGGCGGCUUACGGCAUCUUGAGCGAUCCAGACAUGAGGAAUAAGGCCUUGAAGUUUAUAAAACAACUUGGGCAUGCCAUCCACUCUGUCAGCUCAUCAAGAAGCAGUAAGCAACCUUUACAGUUGGUCUAUGUUAUAGGGCCACCACACUCGGAGAAGCUUCAAGUGCAUGAUUUUGGUCCAGAGGAUCUUCAGAGCUUGAAUGAUGCUGUAGAUGGUUUCUCACUCAUGACCUAUGACUUCUCAAGUCCUCAUAAUCCUGGUCCAAAUGCGCCUUUGAAGUGGAUCCAUUUCACCUUGCAGCUGCUGCUUGGCACUACUGGCAAUGCCCGGACCCUAGCUCAUAAAGUGUUUCUUGGCAUCAAUUUUUACGGAAAUGAUUUUCUACUAUCUGAAGGUUCUGGCGGGGGAGCUAUUAUUGGGAGAGAUUACCUCUCUUUGUUGGAGAAGCACAAACCUUUCUUGCGAUGGGAGGAGAACAGUGCGGAGCAUUUUUUCCUCUAUUUUGAUGAUGAAAAUAAAAAACAUGCAGUGUUCUACCCAUCGUUAAUGUCAAUUUCUCUACGGCUAGAAGAGGCUCGAUCAUGGGGAACUGGUAUCUCGAUUUGGGAAAUUGGGCAAGGUUUGGAUUACUUUUUUGAUCUUCUGUGAGAAGCUAGUUUUCUUCUUUUUGUUAUUAAAAGAUAUCUUUAUAGGAUGUACCAUAUAUUUUUGUGAUUCUUCUCCAUCUGUAGACUUAUAACAAAUUUUGCUUAGUUCAGUUUAUCUAAUGGAGUUUGUUGGCACUGGCCAAGAUCACCUUAUCAAAAGUAGUUUUUGUUUCA